AUGGAUUCAGAAAACAAGUUGGUAACUAUAAAAGUUACUUUUAAUCAAUUAUACACUUCACUGAAAGCUUGUAUUGAGAAGUUGAUCACUAUCGAGAGGGAAUCAUUUAUUCAAAUUGAUGAUAAGGAAAAAUUGGUUGCUUUUUUGAGGUCUGAUUUCAAGCUUGGGGAAUUGAAGGAUGUAAAGAUAUUAAGAAAGUCAAAGAAGCAUAAAGACUAUAUACCAUUGGAAACUGAGAGUGAUUUUAAAUCGCUAUCUAGGAGUUUGAAAGUUAAGAACCAUAUCAAACUUCUUAUCAAUGAUUCAACUCCCGCAACGAAAUAUUGUCCACCUAAAUAUUUGAGCGGUGAUCCUGAAAGGAAGAAGACAAUUGAUUUUGCAAGCUUAGGUAAAGCAUUAGUGGAAGCUUCAUUUACUGUGUUGUCAGAUUUCAGGGGUGAAGAAUAUCAAGCAUCAGGACAUACACAGAAACAAUCAACACAACCACAGACAUCGUCACAAGCAACUCAAAGACACUGUGUUAGGAAAUCUGAGGAAUCAGCAAAUAAUGAUUGUGUUCAUGAAUUUGUUGCCUGUGAUUCUUGUAACCCGACGAGCUUCGUUCCACUAAAAGGAGUGAGAUUCAAAUGUUUAAUCUGUCCUGAUUAUGACUUAUGUCAAGCUUGUGAGUCGAGACAGCACAUUGAAGAAAAAAAUGAUGGAGAGCAUUUAUUCACUCAUCCAAUGAUUAAGAUAACUAAACCUCUUGCUAAUAAUUCAUGUCCAAGAACCUUUUUUGACCGUAAUGAUAUCAUAUAUGAUAUCCCAUUAAAUGAUUGUUCAUUAGCUAAUAAAGAUAAAAUUGAAACCAUCUUACGUGAGGGUAACAUUGAUGAUUUUUUCAAAAAUGUAGAUAAGAUUAUCGAAGAGUCUGAUAGAUACAAAAUCUUGUCUUCAUUACUAAAAGGUGAAAAUAUUCAAAAUGAAGACGAAGAUACAAAGUUUGCCUUGUUACAGAGUCUAGUUGAAUCAUCAAAUGCUCAAGAAGAUAAUUUAGCAAACAGCAAAGAAGAAGUAGAAGAAGAAGAAGAAGAAGAAGAAGAAGAAGAAGAAGAAGAAGAAGAAUCAGAUAAUCAAGAAACAAAGACGGUAGAAGAUAUAGAUAUGAGAAACUUCAAGCUUGAUGAUUGUUCUGACCUGUUGAGUGAUUACAAUAAAAUUCAAAUUUACACGAAAAGAUUUUCUCAAGACGCUAGAGUAAUUUCCCUAAUUCUAUAUAAUAAUUCAUCCUUUUCUAUUUCUGGAGGAGACUUAGAGUUUGAAUUUUAUGAUGGUCACAGAAGUGAAGUGAUUUUGGUUAAAAACGUUAGAGCAAUUUUAUCAGGUGAAAAGAGGAGUUAUAAUUUAGGCAUUUCAACUGAUAAUUUCAAUAAUUUAUCAGGAAGGAGAUUGAAAAUUUCAACAACUGAUGAUUCAAUUAUCAUGGAUGGUGAUUAUAGUCCGGGGGAAAUAACUUCUUUAAAUAUUGUGAACAAGCCAAAAUUAGCCAAUUCUCUGAAUAAUGAGUUAGAGAAAAGCUUCAUUGAAGUUGCUUUGGUACCUAAGUCCAACAGUAUGGCCCAGGUCAUUAUCACCAAUAAAUCCAAAACCCGCCUUGAUUGUUCAAAUUUGAAAUUUAAAGUUGUUAAUUGUUUUGAUCAAGUUGUAUGUUAUCUUAAUGUUGUUCAUGGUCGCAAGAUAUUGCCUGAAAGAACUGCAAAGUAUAAUAUCGGCUUAAGUAAUGCGCAUCUUAAAUAUCCAUUCAAGUUACUUAUAAUAACUGACUCAUUUUUUGCUUCUUGUGAUUUAAGUUUGAAGAAUUUGAAUGGGGUUUUUGAAGUGAUUUUAAAGGAAAAAAAGACAGACAAUUUAAUUAGUGAUGAAUUGUCUAAUUCUUCUAAGUCUUUUGAUAAGACAAGUAAUUAUCCAUUGUCAGUUACUGAAUCCAUCGUAGAUGAAGGUCAGAAACAUGGUAAGAUUGAUGAUCACGUAGUCUCAUCAGAAAACGAUGAAAAGACUGAAGAACAGUCAAGUAACAGAUCAACAGAAGGUUCAGUUCACUUUGUGGUCUUACCAACUUUGCCAAAGGAAUCUUUAUUGGAAUCUAGGAAUUUAUCAUCUUCCGAAUAUGAUGAUGCAAAAUCAUUCUUAGCACACGAGAAUGAAUCCACCACUGAUAAUAAAAAUCGGAAUAUAAUUGAUGAUGCUAAUGAUUACGAUAUUAUUAGUAUGGGAGAAGAAGAAGAAAGUGUUGAUUCAGAUUAUGAAGUAUUGUCGCCUGCUAUCAGUCAUUAG